AAACCGGUGGUGUAACAGCCAAAUACGAGCCGACAUGAAACUAAGCGGAACCUUAGCGCGUUGUAAAUAUUUUCUCUACGGACAAAAAAAUACUGUUACAGCGAAUGUUAAAGCGCCGCACCGGGGAACGUUAGUGGUUAGAGAACAAUUUGAUAAAAUGCUCUAAUUAGUCGAACACUGUCGAUUUAUUUAAGCGUUGCGGGUUUUUUAAAUACACCAUAUUUUGGGAGAGUGUUGUUGCAGUCGUCAUGGGAGUGCACGGACUGUGGAGGCUGCUGGAGAGCACAGGGAAACCCACCAACCCGGAGACUCUGGAGGGGAAGAUCCUGGCUGUCGACAUCAGCAUAUGGCUGAACCAGGCCGUGAAGGGGGUGAGGGACCGAGAAGGCAACAGUGUCCAGAACGCCCACCUCCUCACUCUCUUCCACCGAAUCUGCAAGCUGCUGUUCUUCCGCAUCCGGCCAGUCUUUGUGUUUGAUGGGGACGCGCCGCUGCUGAAGAAGCAGACUCUGACUCUGAGGAGGCAGAGGAAGGAGGAGUUGAGCCGUGAGUCCAAACAGACCAAUGAAAAACUCCUCAGGACUUUCCUUAAGAGACAAGCUAUCAAAGCUGCCCUUGGAGACCGCAGUCAUGAUCCUCUACCUAGCCUCUCCAGUGUGAAGAGAAAUGAGGUGGACGAUAUUUAUGUUCUACCAGCACUACCGCCUGCAGAGGAGAAGGACGAAAUCAGAUCAGAUCAGGCCUCGGAAAGUUCAGAGGAGGAGGAAGAAAAAGAGUGGGACGGAGCGGACAGUUCUCACGUGUAUCAGGGAGAACUGUAUGAAGACCCCAACUCGAUGGACAUCAACUCAGAGGAGUUUGCCAGCCUGCCCCCUGAAAUGAAACAUGAGAUCCUCAAAGACAUGAAGGACCUUUCCAAAAGACGGCGGACCAUGUACCACAAACCUCCGGAGCGGUCAGGAGACUUUUCCCAGUACCAGUUGGCCGGCCUGCUGCAGAGGAACCACCUGAACCAGCGUCUGGAGGGUGUGGAGAAAGAGAUGAGCGAGCAAAGUGCCGGCAGUGCCCCACAGCUCUCCCAACAGGAUGGGCAGAAUCACAGCGUGGAGGCUCGUCGACUGGUUUCAGAAGACAAUUCCCACUAUAUUCUGAUUAAAGGCUCCGCAAAAAGUAAGACCGCGACAGCCACCGAGAGCCAACCUGCAGCACCGGCCUGGUCUGGCAGCUCCCUGUCAGGCUCUAAAAGACGAGCAGCAGACAGACCCGAGCCCCUGUGGCAUACUGUUUGUGAGGGAGAGGAGGAAGUGCCAAGUCACUCCUCAGAAGAUGCCAAGUGCUCAACAUCAAAACCAUCUCAGGGAGACACGUCACCGCCGUCCCCUCGCACACUCAAGGCGAUCCGGGCUGCAAUGAACGACAGCUCAGAUGAGGAGACGGUUGACCGCGAUAAGAUGGAUGGUAGUGUGUCUCCACGUACUCUGCUCGCAAUCCAAAAAGCUAUGGCUGAGGAGGAAGACGGUGCAGCUGAACACAGAACUUUACUCAGUAACACAUCCACCAAACUGCAGGCAAAGAGUCAUCAUCCUGUGCCACAGUUGGUCAUCAGCAGCUCAGACGAAGAGGCCGAACCUGAUGAUGCAAAGUCUUCACCUAAUGAAAAUUCAGACUCUAAAGGGAACUCGAGAGGUCAAAGUCUGCAUGUGAAAGACAGUUUGUUUGUUAGCAUUUCUGAAGAAGAGAUGGAGGAAGUGAUUGGUCAGAGAAAUAAAGCUCUUCACCUUGCAGUGCUGCAGAAACCUGCAAAGCUGACAGAGGAUAUCAGGACAGGAAGUCGUGGGCAGACAGAGAAACGAGUUGAACUGGAGAGAAUAGAUUCAGAGCACGGACUGAUCACAAAGAAAGACGAUUUGGUUCAACCACAGGCUGCUGCUUCUAGUCAAAUCACACUACCCAUCAACCUUUCUGCUCAGCUAUUUGUAAAACCUCUCAGUGCAGCGACUGAACGUCAACCUGUACUGGUAGAGCAGAGGAGUAACACGUCCACUGAGCUUCUGGAGGAAAGGAAGGGAGAUGAUGUGGAGUCGGGGGGCAGCGAGGAGAGCGAGUCGGAAGAGAGCUUCAUCGAGGUCUCAGGAGAAGAAAAUAUAGAGGAGGAUGCAGAUGGUUCGAAAAUUCGAGAGAAAGGAUGUUCGGGCGAAGUCGACGAAGGUGAGAGCAAGAAGAAAGAAAACCCAGAGGAAAGUUUGACGGAGGCUCCAGCUGCUCCUCUGAACUUAGAGGAAGAUGAGGACAAACAGAGACAGAAGGAAGAGAAAGAGCUGAAGGAAGGAACAGAGACAGCGUCUGGCUCAACUCGAGCGGCCAAUGAAUGGCAACACUUGGAUAUGGAGGAGCUGGAGGCUCUGGAGAGCUCUCUGCAGGUUGAGCAGAGCAACCUGAGGGAGCAGAGGCAGCAGCAGGAGAGGAUGGCGAACUCAGUCACCGGACAGAUGUACCUGGAGAGCCAGGAGCUGCUGCGGCUGUUUGGCGUGCCGUUCCUGAUGGCUCCGACGGAGGCCGAGGCUCAGUGUGCAGCACUCGACCGUGCCGACCAGACUCACGGGACCAUCACAGACGACUCGGAUGUGUGGCUGUUCGGAGGGCGGCACGUGUACAAAAACUUCUUCAGCCAGGACAAAUACGUCGAACACUACCAGUUCAGUGAUCUGCAGAACCAACUGGGUCUGGACAGGACGAAGCUGAUAAAUCUGGCUUACCUGCUUGGAAGUGACUACACAGAGGGCGUGCCGGGAGUCGGGUAUGUGACUGGCAUGGAAAUACUCAAUGAGUUUCCAGGACCAGGGAUGGAACCACUAACACAGUUCAGUAAAUGGUGGUCAGAGGCUCAGGAGAAAAAGCGUCUGGUGUCUGAUCCUCGGGACACAAAGGUGAAAAAGAAAUUGCGGGACCUCAAACUGCAGCCUGGGUUUCCCAACCCGGCAGUGGCUCAGGCUUACCUGGAACCUGCUGUGGACCAGUCCGACAGCUCCUUCAGCUGGGGACGCCCACACCUCGACAUGAUCAAAGAGUUCUGUCUUAGUCGUUUUGGCUGGAGCAGUAGGAAGACGGAGGAGACUCUUCAGCCUGUGAUCAAGCAGCUCAACACCCAGCAGACUCAGCUGCGGAUCGACUCAUUCUUCCGCAUGGAGCAACAGGAAAAGCAGGCGAUCCGCAGCGAGCGACUCCGCCGAGCAGUCACCUGCUUGAAGAGAAAGGAGAGGGAGGGAGGAGAGGAGGAGAGUGAGGAGGACACGAGGUCCCCACUCAAAUCUAAGAAAGGGAAGGCAGCAAGCAAAAAUCAAAAGAAUGGAGGAGGAGAGAAUGAAACGGAGACUUCUGUGGCAGGAGGAGGGUUUCUGGGGACGGAGCUGACCGUGGAAUCUCCGCCUACAUCUCUCAAGUACGUGAGCAGCAUCAGUCAGGAGUCCGUCCCAGUAAAGCCUGUCCCUCAGUCUACCAAGUCUCUACCUCAGAAGGUCAGGAACAACGGCAGCAGCAGCUCUGGAGAGGACAGCGAUGGUGUUGGAGAAAUCGCUAUGGUUACUGCCCGAUCUGUCUUUGAAGGCAGCGUACGAGGCCACAGAGCGAAAAGCACAAGGGGGAGGGGUAGGGGAAGGGGAAAGAAGUUAAGAGGAAAGGACUGAACUUCCAACUCAACAUUAAUCAUCUUAAGAAUUGUAAUCACAGAACUUGUCACACACUCCCAAAUAAUGCCUGUGAUAUUUCAUGAUGGAGAUGUGAAUGUAAAAAUGUAUCAUGUCAUGAACAUUUAUUAUGAAUCGAGCUUUUUCUGUAUUAUAGAACAUGUAUUUUGUGAAAAAUGUAUGUGGCUGAAAUAUUUUUUUUACCUGUUUAGAGGUAGAUUUGUGAGAGGAUGAAAAUAUUUUGUCUAAAGAAAGAAAUUUUUGAGGCAGAAUGUUGUUGAAGUAAAAGUGUUUUCCACAGUUUGA